AUGCAAACUUACAUAUGCAAAGUAUCUAAAAUCGACGAAGAAUUAAACAUCAUAGUCCUUUAUCCCGCAAGAAAUAAAUAUUUAAGGUGGAAAUUACCUACUCCUGCACAUUUAAUCCAAAAGAAUCUUAAGAUCAACAAUUCGUUUGAUAUAUUUCAAUUGGAUUGCGCUUCUGAAAUUCGUAAGGCGCAUAAUUUUAUUCCAGUGACAACUGAAGUAGAGGUUCGUAAAGCAACCUCUGCUAUUUGGAACAGUGCUGAGGAAGGUGUAAAAACAGAAUAUCGAAAACUUAACUUGGAAAUAAAAAAAUUUAACGAUCAACCCGAAGUAAAAAUGGAACCGGUCAUUUUUUACUUCCAGCCGAUUGGAGCUUAUAUAGCUUAUAUGUUUCCUGUAUUUAUUGCUUGCAAUAGCGACGGACGGGACGAUCAACAUGAUAUAUUCCAAAAUGAUAGAAAAGCAGAAAAGAAUCUAGAAAUUGAAGUUUUAAUUUUUGAAACACUUGUAAAAUUUUGUUAUAUUGAUGAUAAGAAAAUGAAAAAGAAUUUAGAAAAUCCCGCCGAAUCUCCUACUUUUGAUGUUAAUCAUCUUAUACCAAAACAAACACAAGUGCUAAAAGAACUUGAUAAAAAAGUUAGGGUUACUUGGAGUCAAGAAUCGAUCUUAACAGAAAUUAAAUACUACUACGAAAUUCUUUCAAAAAUAGAGAGUGAGAAGCGAGAGUUCAUUUGA